GCACUGAGUAACCAAAAGAAACACCUUUUUUACCGUAUGCCAGGUUUUCAUUUCAAUGAAAUUGGCGAAAUGGUGGUGGACGCAAUUGAUGACAUCGGAGUAGUAGAUGUUUAUGAUCUGGCCUCCGACAUUGGCAAGGAAUAUGAGAAAAUCAUAGAUCGUUUUGGCACGGAGGCUGCCACAGGUCUGAUGCCCAAAAUCAUUAACACCCUGGAAUUGCUAGAGGCCUUGGCCACAAAAAAUGAACGUGAAAAUGCCACAAUUCAAGAGCUCAAAGAAAAAAUUGCCCAGUUGGAAAGUGAGAAAAAUGAAAAAGCCGAAUUUCGUCGCCGCUUCGAAAAGGAAUUGGAAAUGAUUGAGGAACAAUGGCGCACAGAAACAAAUGAUUUAGCUGAUUUGGUUACAUCACUACAGGAGGAGAAUAAACGUUUGAUUAAACAAACUCAAGAUUUACAAUCCUCAUCGGCUCACUCCUCCGGAUUGGGUGCUAGCCUAACGGAAAGCAUUAUCAGUAUUACGAAUAAUGAACUGCACAGUGCGCUAAGUGAUACCCAGGUAUUACAGCGUCUCAAGGAGCAAAUCUAUCGUCAGAGAGAUGAGCUGAAAGAGAAGGAAAGGGAAUUGCAAAGCAAAUAUAAGGAAAUUGAACACAUGACCAUCCAACUGGAACGUUUUAAGGCAUCUGGACGUGACACACGUCGCCGUUGUACAAUGUUACAAACUCAAGUAAAAACUUUGUGCGAGGAACGUGCCGAUUUCCUGGCCCAACUACAAGACCAACAACGUGAAAUUAACAGUUUACGCAAACGUUUAGGUUUGGCCGAAAAGGAGAAUGAAGAUUUAGUAAUGUCACAAGAUGAUGAUCCAAAUGAUCCGAAUCGUCCACGUUAUACAACACGUGAGCUAAAGGAGUUGAUUAAUGAACGCGAUGAGCUGUUAACAACAAUUGAAAACCUCAAUGAAGAGCUGAGGGCGCUAAAGCCAACGGAAAUCACAGAAAAUGAUGAAUCCAGUUCGGAUGAGGAUGAUGAUGGUAUUGGGGCUGAGGGUGGUGAAGAUGAUAGUCAGAAAUUGGGAGAUCAAACAGAAACGCCUCCUGAACACGAUGCACCAGUCCAAGGUCCCUUACCCUAUGAACCUGAUGAUGCACCCUGGAAAAAAUCCAACGAAUCUGGUAUUCGUAAAUUUUUCCGAAAACUUUUCUCCGAUACCAAUGAUGGUAGCGGUGCCAAUCAAGCAACAUUCCAAAAACGUUCCUUAGCCACGCUAUCGAAAAUGGCCCUGUCGGCCACACCUGCCGCAGCCAAUCCGAAUGUUAACACAUUACAAUAUUACAGGUAUUUUUAAAACAAAUUAAAUAACAAAAAAUAAAACACAUUCCA